GGCGGCCAACACUGGAUGGAUGACGAAAAGUCUAAGGACCUAGUGAAGGACGAUGGACCGAGUAUGGAGGCAGUGGAGCAACAGCUGGACGAGCUGGAGCUACUGCAGUCCGUGUUCUCCCAGCCGGGAGAGUUCUCUGCCGACAGAGCUGUGAUAGAGACCUCCGCGGCCUGGACGAGGGGACUCACUACCGAGACUCCCGUCUCUCGACUCUCUUGCAGACUCAAUCUCUCCGUGGAUCGCCAUCCAGCGGCCGGAGAAGAUAGCGACGAGGAGGGGGAGGACGGCAGUCGAGAUGGCUCCGCUGAGGCAGCUUGCCGCGGAACGGAACAAUGCACCCUGGCCAUUUCCAUGACGCUACCUCACCGCUACCCGGACGAGCGUCCUGAGGUAUACGUCAGCUCCGACAGUCUCACUCGCAGAGGUCAGGACGACCUGAACGCCGACCUGAAACAGUUCAGGACGACUCUCCCUCUCGGGGAGGUGUGUCUCCUCACCAUAGCAGAGUGGGUGAAGGACAACGCUGGCUCUUACUUUCCCAUCGUCUCACCUCAACCAAACACCUCCAAGUCAGCAGGAAGAGGAGGGAGGGCGUUCUGUCGUCUCUGGCUCUACAUGCAUCACAUCUACAGCAAGACGAAGCGGAGGAAUAUCUUGGAUUUAACCGAUCAGCUACAACUGAGCGGAUUCUGUCUCCCGGGCAAACCGGGCGUCGUCUGCGUGGAGGGAGACGAGGGGAGCACGCGGGACUUCUUUAACGUCCUCCGUCGCUGGAACUGGAAGUCCAUCUCGUGUCGGCACAGGGAGGGGGAGGUGACGACUGAGUCUGGGGAUCUGUCGUCGCACCGGAGGGUGGAGGGGUUUAGGGAGCUGGGGCUGGCCACCCACGGGCCCCGGGGGAACCACAUGGACAUGGGCCAGUUCAGGACCUACCUCGAGGAACACUCACUGGGCCACGUAUUCCCUAUACUCUUUGGUGUAGAAGGUCAAACUUCUUGAAACUGUGUCCAAUUUUUUCCUAUUGGUAUGCCAACUUUUUCCUACCAGACCUUUUUUACAGAAUCAACGCUUAUGUGCACAUGUUCAGGGUCUUAUGUACUGUAAAGCAUGAAGAUAUGUGACAGUGCCAUGCAUUCAAUUUGAACCACUAGCUCACUUCACUCACCAAUUUUGUAUCUCAUGUCCAUUCGUGUGUGGGCGCAUGAUCUUUGCUUCAGC